CUUCCGAUGUGACCUUGCGCUUGAUCUCUAUAAUAACAGAACGAGAUGGCUGAGACCAUACCAGAUAUCCGCGAACAUGUCAUGGAUCAGAUACUACACCCUCGGCGAGAGGACGCAGAUCAGAUACUGGAAGAUCUUGAACUUGCUGGCUUCCCUACUCGAGACAAGGUCCAUCAGGAAAUUGAAGCCAAGUUACUCCUUCCACCAGACAGGAUACCCGAGCACUGGCUUCCAACGUAUCAGAUAACCUGGCAGCCUGAGAUUUCCAUACAAUCACUAUUGACCUUAGAACCCUCGCCACCGCCGACAAGUCUUACAUUCCUGCGUGCAGGUCUCGAAGGACGCGUCAUCGGUUAUGCAGAAACACCAAAUGCACCAGUUUCGACAGCGCUCACAUCGACAUCUAUGGACCGUGCUCCUGCCCCAGUUGCCAACUUUGUCAGGGGAAAAUCUGGAUAUGUUCCCUUCAAGCCUGGUGGGCUUGACGAUGUGAUUCUGGCAGCAAAACAGACCACAGCAGAGCCGAUCAAAGGGUUGCGGACCAUUCCACCGGGGUUUUCGAGAGGAUUGCGACUUCCGGGAGAUGAUCCGGAAGAUGAGGCGUUUGCCUCCCUCGGUGAUACCGGUGGUGCUAACGAGGAUAAGCCCAUUGAUGAAAGUCAUGUGAUGGAUGAAGAACGAGACUUUUUACCCAAUGGCGACAGUUUCGGAGAAAUUGAUGAGCUCUUGCCAACGACGCGGACACACCUACGACCAUCAAAGGCUCCCCGACGGACGAGAAGACCCAAUGUAGUCAAGCGCGACUGGGCGCAUGUGGUUGAUAUCAACAAGCCUAUGACCAACUUUCAUGAACUGGUACCAGAUAUGGCACACAAGUAUCCUUUCGAGUUGGAUACUUUCCAGAAAGAAGCGGUGUAUCACCUCGAAAUGGGAGAUUCUGUCUUUGUCGCAGCGCAUACCUCCGCCGGGAAAACUGUCUUGUCUUCCAGUGCCAUAUACACAUCGCCGAUCAAAGCGCUGUCAAACCAGAAGUUCAGAGACUUCAAGCAAACCUUCUCGUCGUCAUCUGUCGGAAUACUUACAGGGGACGUGCAAAUCAAUCCAGAAGCGAGCUGUCUAGUGAUGACAACUGAAAUCCUGCGAAGCAUGCUGUAUAAGGGCGCGGAUCUGAUUCGCGAUGUCGAAUUUGUGAUUUUUGACGAGGUGCAUUACGUCAAUGAUGCAGAGAGAGGUGUGGUGUGGGAGGAAGUCAUCAUCAUGUUACCCGAUCACGUCAACAUUAUCCUCCUGUCGGCAACUGUUCCCAACAGCAAAGAGUUUGCUGACUGGGUAGGGCGGACCAAGAAGAAGGACAUCUAUGUGAUCUCUACGGCGCAACGACCUGUACCCCUUGAGUAUUAUCUUUACGCCGGUAGGGACAUGUUCAAAAUCGUAGAUGCUUCUAGGAAAUGGGUUUCACGGGGGUACCAAGAUGCGGGCGAUGCUCUCAAGAGGAAACAGGACAAGGAACGAGACGCUGCAGGUCUACCUCCUGUACAGCGUGUCGGUGCUCGAGGCGCUGCAAGAGGUGUGCAGCGUGGCGCAGCACCAGCACGCGGUGGUCAACGCGGCGCAGCCCCGAAUGGGUCUGCACCCCGUGGGCGUGGCGGCGGACAGUCUAGGAUCAUUCACACUGGAACAGACAAGAAUCUCUACGUGCACCUACUAAAUCAUCUUCAGAAAAAGGGGCUUCUUCCUGUCGUCGUGUUUACUUUGUCAAAGAAGCGUUGCGAAGAAAAUGCUUCAACACUUACCAACGCAGAUCUGUGCACAUCCGUAGAGAAGAGUGAAGUACACGUCGCCGUCGAAAAGGCGCUUUCACGAUUAAAGGGGUCGGACAAGAAACUCCCGCAGAUCACUAGGAUGAGGGACCUACUGUCACGAGGAAUUGGUGUUCAUCAUGGUGGUUUGUUGCCCAUCGUCAAAGAGGUUGUGGAGAUAUUGUUUGCACGUGGGCUCGUCAAGAUUCUGUUUGCCACAGAGACAUUCGCUAUGGGUGUUAAUAUGCCCGCAAGAUGCGUUGUAUUCUCUAACAUACGCAAGCAUGAUGGGCGCAGCUUUAGAGACAUUUUGCCUGGCGAAUACACCCAAAUGGCAGGUCGUGCUGGACGGCGAGGUCUGGACCCUACUGGAACGGUGAUUAUUGUUGCAAAUGACAAGCUUCCUGAGCAAUCAUCCCUCAUGAACAUGAUGCUCGGCACACCCGGAAAACUGCAGUCGCAGUUCAGGCUCACCUACAAUAUGAUACUAAAUUUGCUUCGUGUGGAGGCACUGCGCGUCGAGGAAAUGAUCAAACGGAGCUUUUCCGAAAAUUCUUCGCAGAGACUGCUUCCUGAACAUCAAAAGCAAGUUGCAGAGCAUGAGAGGACACUUUCUAAAAUGCCUAAACUCGAAUGUGAUGUUUGCUUGGGCGAUAUUGAGCACUAUUACGAUCUUUCCCUUCAGGUCGUUGGCUUAAACAUCAAACUUUGCACUAUGGUGACAUCCAGUCCUUCAAAUGCUAACCUGUUUGGCUCAGGGAGGGUUGUCAUCUUAAGAGACGGCCACUUUAAACGAGGCAAUGUCGGUAUUUUGCUUAAACCAGAUCCGCGGCAAGCAAGUUCAUUCGCGGGGAAACUGUUUUUCGUGUUGGCUAUGGUCGAUCAAGAAACGAAGUUAGGUGACAAAGAUGUCGACGAUCGAGCUCUGCCGCCGAGAUGGCCAUUGGGUCCCGCUUCAUUAGAAGUCGAGAACCUGACAUACGACCUAAGAAGUGUCCCUCUCGACAGUAUUUCUAUGGUGACUUCCGAGACUAUGAAGGUCGACGCAACUGGAAUUGUCGAUCACCAUAAAAAAUCUUUGAUGCUUGAGAUCAUCAACUCGCUGCAAUUCCUUGUCCAAAACUGGAGGUCUGCUGGAACCAUACCAGAGGUUAUUUGGGAUCGCAUACGAACACUAGAUUUCCAGGAGGCAUUACGCAGGAGAAAUGACCUUGCCAAACGUCGCCAAAGUUUAUCGUGUACGCUGUGCGGCGACUUCGAUGAUCAUUAUCUCAUUCUUCAUGGUCAGAAGACGCUACGCGCUAACAUCGACAAGCUCAAGAUGGCAAUUUCCGACCAGAACCUCGACCUUAUCCCGGACUAUGAACAACGAAUUGAGGUUCUAAAGGAGUUGAAGUUCAUUGACGAAAAUUCAACUAUUCAACUGAAGGGUCGCGUGGCCUGCGAGAUCAACUCUGCAAACGAGCUUAUCGUCACUGAACUUAUACUCGAGAAUACUCUAGCGAACUAUGAGCCAGAGGAGGUGGUUGCUCUUUUAUCUUGCUUCGUCUUUCAAGAAAAGACAGAAGUGGAACCUGCUGUGCCGAUCAAACUUGAGGAAGGCAGAGAUGCAAUUCUUGCGAUCAGUAAUAGAGUGGGAGGUGUACAAGACCGCCACAAGGUUUCGACAGAAGGACUCAGAUCAAGCUUGAAAUUUGGUCUCAUGGAAGUGGUACAUGAAUGGGCAAAGGGCAUGCCCUUUGAUCAGAUAACAGCCUUGACUGACGUUCCGGAAGGUACGAUUGUGAGGGUUAUAACGCGAUUGGACGAGACCUGCAGAGAAGUCAGGGAUGCUGCGCGGGUGAUUGGGGAUAUGGACCUGUUCAAGAAACUGGAAGAGGCUCAAGUAAAAAUCAAGAGGGACAUCGUCUUCGCUGCCAGUCUGUACUUCUAACCAACACAGGGGUGGCUGUACAGUAUAUGUAGUUUUUAGACUCCGCGGGAGUUGAACGCUUGAACGUUGAGAUUAUAAGAUUCCUAAUAGCGACGAAGUUGAUUUGGCCGAAGUUGACGCGAAACCUUCUCAUAUCCUGUACAUACACAAUACUACAAUCCUGCUCCCAGCAGAAUGGAAACACUCUCCACAAGCGAUACCGAUGC